AUGCUUUCCCAAAAGCUAACCACCCUUUUCAUAGUCGUCAUGGUGUCGAUCCUCCAAAAGCGCAUCGAGCAGGGUAUCAUCACCCUUGCCGGAAUUAUCGACGGCAAGCCCAAGAACCAGCCCUUCAGUGGUGAUGGACCCUAUGCCAACUGCGGUAGGGUUAGUUGCAGUUAUGGUGCUGCCAUCUAUUGGUGCAACAUGAACAACUACGAGCUGGAACUCGACAGCUACAAGCAGAUUGCCGAUGCGGCCAAGCAGGUUGUCGAGCUUUGCUCCGUGGACGAUAAGGUUGCCGGAUCGGUUCUCAUGGAGGGUAACUGGCGCGUUGUCGUUGCCAACGCCGGUUGCUAA